AUGAACCAACCACAACAUAUAUCAAGGAGAUUCGACAAUUUUAAUGAUGAACAAGUCGCAGCUAAUCGUCUUCGGUUAAAAGCUCAUAUACAUGUGGUAUUGUUGCUUGCACUUCAAGGAAUUCCGUUUAGGGGCCAUGAUGAGAAAUCUAGUUCAUCUAAUCGUGGCAAUUUUCUUGAAUUUUUGGAUGUGCUAACUAUGUAUAAUGACGAACUUUCAAAAGCAAUUGCGAAAGCUCCAAAAAAUGCCAAGUAUACAAGUCAUGAUAUUCAGAAACAAAUACUUCAUGUGAUUUCCAUGAGAGUGAAAAAUGUAAUUCGUGAAGAAAUUGGAGUUGCCAAGUAUUGCAUAAUUGUCGAUGAAUCUCGAGAUGAAUCAAAAAGAGAGCAAAUGUCUAUAGUAUUGAGAUUUGUUGAUACUAAUGGAUUCAUUCAAGAACGUUUUUUUGGGCUUGUUCAUGUAUCUGAUACUACGGCUUUGACUUUAAAGAAUGUCAUAUAUUCUACUUUGGCUCACUAUAAUUUGGAUGUUCAAAAUAUUAGAGGUCAAGGUUAUGAUGGUGCUAGUAAUAUGAGGGGUGAGUUUAAUGGAUUGCAAGCUUUGAUUAUAAAAGAUUGUAGAGGUGCUUAUUAUGUUCAUUGCUUUGCUCAUCGGUUACAAUUGGCUUUAGUUGCAGCAUCAAAAAAUGUGACACCUAUUCAUCAAUUUUUUGAUAGAUUAACUUUUAUAGUUAAUAUUGUUGGUUCUUCAUGUAAGCGUAAUGAUGAAUUGAAGAAUGCUCAUGCGGAUGACAUUGUACAUUUGAUUGCAAUAAAUGAACUCGAGACAGGGCGUGGACUUAAUCAAAUAGGUACUUUACAACGAGCUGCUGAUACACGCUGGAGUUCUCAUUUGAGAUCAUUGAAAGGCCUAAUUAAGAUGUUUAGUGCAUCGUGUACGGUAUUGCUCAAGGUUAUGGAUGAUGGGCUUCCUUCUCAACGAGCAGAUGCAACAUCUGUUUAUGAUGAAAUGACUUCUUUUGAUUUUGUAUUCAUCUUGCAUCUUAUGAAUGAGAUUAUGGGGAUCACAGAUAUUCUUUGUCAGGCUUUACAAAGUAAGUCUCAGGAUAUUAUAAAUGCAAUGGAGCUGGUAUUAUCUACUAAGAAUUUACUUCAACAUAUGCGAGAUAACAAAUGGAAUGAUUUGCUUGCAAAAGUGAAAUCUUUUUGUGAACUUCGAAAUAUUGAUAUUCCUGAUUUCAAUGCUUCGUAUAUUGAUAGACGAGGACGAGCCCGCGUUCGUCAAGACAAUUUCACCAUUGAGCAUCAUUAUCAGGUAGACCUCUUUUAUGCUUCUAUAGAUUCACAGUUGCAAGAAAUUAAUGGACGCUUUAGUGAUGAUGCUAUGGAAUUGCUCAUUCUUAGUAAUGCCUUAAAUCCUCAAAAUGCGAUGGAGUCUUUCAAAAUUGAGGAUAUUUGUAAAUUAGUAGAAAAGUUUUAUGCCCAAGAUUUUACAAGAGAUGAAAAAGAGCAAUUGGAGAUGCAAUUAAAGCAUUAUGAGCAUAAUGUAGUCAAAGGACCCGACUAUAAAAAUCUUUCAACCAUUUCAGAAUUAUGUCAAUGGUUGGUGAAGACUAACAAAUCUGUUAUAUACAACCUCAUUUUUAGAGUGAUUAUACUUGUGCUUACUCUUCCGGUUUCCACUGCUACUACAGAACGAUCAUUUUCUGCGAUGAAUAUUGUGAAAACAAGACUUCGGAGCAAAAUGGAGGAUACUUUUCUCUCGGAUGCAUUAAUGGUAUAUAUUGAGAGAGAAAUUGCUAGAAAUAUAAGCAUAGAAGAUAUCAUUGAAGACUUCGAAAAUUUAAAAGAAUGUCGAAUUCCUUUUAGUUAG